CGUCCAGUACGAAAGUAGCGUUUGCAAUGAGCGACCAGAACAACGUUCCAGCGAACAGUGUGAUUAAUUUCGGUGCGGGACCGGCAAAACUUCCUGCACAGGUGUUAAAAGAUGUACAAAGCGAAUUGCUCGCGUACAGUAAUACACGGGUCAGUAUUUUAGAGCUGAGCCAUAGAUCGAACGAAUUCAAAAAUAUCGUCGAAGAUGCACAGGCAACGUUACGGGACAUACUAAACGUCCCCGACAAUUAUAAAAUUUUAUUUAUGCAAGGGGGUGGAACAGGAAUUUUCGCCGCGGUUCCUCUGAACAUGAUGACAACUGGUACCGCUGAUUACAUCGUGACUGGUUCUUGGUCGGCGAAAGCAGCGAAAGAAGCAGCUAAGUAUGGUAAAGUGAACAUGGUUCUUCCAAAAAUAACGAAAUACACGGAAAUUCCUGAUCCGUCAACAUGGAACUUGGAUUCAAACGCGUCUUACGUUUACUAUUGCGCCAACGAAACGGUUCAUGGAAUCGAGUUCAAUUACAUUCCCGAAACGAAUGGAGUACCACUAGUUGGCGAUAUGUCGUCAAACAUACUCUCAAGACCUGUAGAUAUUUCGAAAUUUGCAGUAAUAUUCGCUGGAGCACAGAAAAACAUCGGUCCGGCUGGUGUUACUUUGGUGAUUGUACGAGACGACGUUCUUGGUCAUGCUAUGAAAGUCUGUCCGACAGUGCUCGAUUUCACGGUUAUGGCAGUUGAUAACUCGUUGCACAAUACACCGCCAGUAUUUCAAAUAUACGUAGUUGGUUUAGUUUUCAAAUGGAUCAAAGAGCACGGUAGCGUUGAGGGAAUGGAGAAAUUGGCACUUGUGAAGAGUCAAAUGGUGUACGACGUGAUUAACGAGUCGAAAGGUUUCUAUUCGUGUCCAGUUAAAUCAGAUGCGAGGAGCAGAAUGAACGUGCCAUUUAGAAUAGGCAAAGACGACGAGGAACUUGAGAAAGAGUUCCUUUCUGGCGCGAGUGCUCGCGGAAUGCUUCAGUUAAAGGGGCACAGGUCGGUAGGUGGAAUUCGAGUGUCACUGUAUAACGCUAUUACCCUUGAUGAGGUAGAGAUAUUGGUAGAAUACAUGAAAUGGUUCUAUCAGAAACAUUCUAACAAUUAGGAGAACUCACCAUACUUUGCUUAA